UUCGUUUCUAGUUCUGAUAUCCUGGCCUCCCUCCUUCCUCUCGGCCGGACCAUGAUUCGUCCCUAGCUACAAAUAUCAGCCGACUACCAGCAGCGUCCUCACUGCUACCACCAUCACUCCAACAGCCUAGCUCAUCGAUCAACCACAGCAGCAGCAGCAGCAGCACCUGUUGCAAUAUGACUUCUGAACAAAUAGUUGCAGUCCCAAAAAUGGAGGAUUCGCAAAGUUUGACGACCGCUGCAGCACUCGUGGCUGCUGCUCUCGUCUUGUGGGUAGUCCUCUUCCGUUCUCGACGCCGACUGACCCUUCCUCCAGGGCCGCGGCCAUGGCCUAUCAUUGGCAACCUGAACCUCAUAGGCGAGCUCCCCCAUCGCUCCAUCCACGCCCUCUCCCUCAAGUAUGGCCCCCUGAUGCAGCUCCGUUUCGGCUCCCACCCCGUCGUGGUCGCCUCCUCCGUUGACACUGUUCGGCUGGUCCUCAAGACUCAGGACAUCACUUUCGCCUCCCGCCCAAAGACGGCCGCCGGCAAGUACACCACCUACAACUACUCCGACAUCACCUGGUCGCCCUACGGGCCGUACUGGAGGCAGGCGCGGCGGCUGUGCCUCAUGGAGCUCUUCAGCGCUCGGCGCCUCGGGUCCUACGAGUACAUCAGAGUAGAAGAGGUGGCCGCGCUGCUGAGGGAGCUCUGCGACGGCGCCGGACAGCCGGUAAUGCUGAAGGACCACCUCUCGUCCGUCAGCCUGAACGUGAUCAGCAGGAUGGUGUUGGGGAAAAAGUACCUGGACGGCGACGAGGCAGCGUCGGUCGGAUUCACGCCAGAAGAGUUCAAGCGGAUGCUAGACGAGCUGUUCCUGCUCAGCGGGGUGCUCAACAUAGGGGACUGGAUCCCGUGGUUGGCUUUCCUGGACCUGCAGGGCUACGUUCGCCGGAUGAAGGCUGUCAGUCGGAAGUUCGACAAGUUUCUCGAGCACGUGCUCGACGAGCACAACAACGCUAGGAGGGCAGGAGGUGAAGGGUACGAAGCCAAGGAUAUGGUAGGUCUGCUUCUCCAGCUCGCCGACGACCCCGACCUAGACGUCAAUCUCACUCGCAGUGGUGUCAAGGCCUUCACACAGGAUUUGAUCGCUGGGGGGACAGAGAGCUCGGCGGUAACAGUGGAAUGGGCGAUGUCGGAGAUGCUGAAGAAGCCGGAACUGUUCGAGAAGGCGUGGGAAGAGCUGGACAGGGUGGUGGGCAGGGAGCGGCUGGUGGAGGAGAGAGACAUCCCUAACCUCCCUUUCCUCCAGUCCAUCGUCAAGGAGACGAUGCGCAUGCACCCGGUCGCCCCCAUGCUGGUGCCUCGCCUCUGCCGCGAGGACUGCACCCUCGCCGGCUACGACGUGCCGGAGGGCACCCGCGUCCUCGUCAACAUGUGGACCAUCCACCGCAAUCCCGACAUCUGGGACCGACCCGACGAGUUCCGACCCGAGAGGUUCCUCGACAACCCCAUCGAUGGCAAGGGCCAGUUCUUCGAGCUCCUUCCCUUCGGGUCGGGUCGUAGGAUGUGCCCCGGUUACAGUCUCGGACUCAAGGUCAUCGAGCUCAGCCUCGCCAGCCUCCUCCAUGGUUUCACCUGGAAGCUCCCCGGCGCGAUGAAGCCGGAGGAACUGGACAUGGACGAGAUAUUUGGUUUAUCAACACCCCGGAAAGUGCCGCUGGUCGCCGUCCUCCAGCCUCGCCUCCCCUCGCACGUCUACAAUUACCAAAAUUGAACUACUCCUUCCAAUAUUGUUGUUCAACUAUUUAAUAAAUGUUGUUCUUUGAUCUAUUUGGAUCCCUCUUUCUAGUUUAUGUAUCUCCAAUCGGUAGAUCGAUCCGGUUAUGCUUGCGUAAUGAGGAUUAAUGUACUUGAUCAUGUGGUCGUGGUUUUUUUGUAGUGUGAGAAGGUUAAGGGAACUUCAAAUGCGUCAAUGAAGGGUGUAUUUUUUGUAGU